AUGCAUGGGGUUUUGGAGGACGACAUUCUGUCCUCGUCUGCUGGUGGCCCCCCGUUCUGCAAGGUCGUCCCCCCCACACCUGCCCCGCCCUUUGACCCCAUAAUGCAGGGUUCUGGACACACCAAGCCACAGUUGUUUGGUAUCAAAUCAGUCAUUCAGACGGACUGUUCCAGCACGUGGAAGAUCAUUGCCAACCCCGACCUGUCCUGGUACCACCACGCCAACCCCAUCGUCCUGCUGGUGAUGUACUACACGCUGGCCACUCUGAUCCGAAUCUGGCUGCAGGAGCCCGUUGUAAGGACCAGAAGUUUUCAUGGUCUUGUCUGCAAAGUAGCAGGAGACUCCGGGGAAAGGGUGCAGGAAGAGAGAACCAAAGAGGAGGACAGAGCCCUGGCCUGCAGCCCCACACCCAUCACGGCCGAGAGGAGGCGGAGCCUGUGGUACGCGACCCACUACCCCACGGACGAAAGAAAACUUUUAUCCAUGACUCAGGAUGACUACAAGCCGUCUGACGGCCUGCUGGUGACCGUGAACGGCAACCCCGUGGACUACCACACCAUCCACCCCAGCCUGCCGCUGGAGAACGGUCCUGCCAAGGCUGACCUGUACUCCACGCCGCAGUAUCGCUGGGAGCCCGCUGCCACCUCCCCGGAAAAGAAGGAGGAGGACGAUGAUGAGAAAGAAGAGUUUGAGGCGGAGCGGAGCCGGGAGGAGAAGAGGAGUGUCAAAGUGCACGCCAUGGUGUCUGUGUUCCAGUUCAUCAUGAAGCAGAGCUACAUCUGCGCCCUUAUCGCCAUGAUGGCCUGGAGCAUCACCUACCACAGCUGGCUGACCUUCGUGCUGCUCAUCUGGUCCUGCACCCUGUGGAUGAUCCGCAACCGGAGGAAGUACGCCAUGAUCAGCUCCCCCUUCAUGGUCGUCUACGGAAACCUGCUGCUCAUACUGCAGUACAUAUGGAGCUUCGAGCUCCCUGAGAUUAAAAAGGUCCCAGGAUUCUUAGAAAAGAAGGAGCCGGGGGAGCUCGCCUCAAAGAUUCUGUUCACCAUCACAUUCUGGCUGCUGCUGAGACAGCACCUCACAGAGCAGAAAGCUCUCCAAGAAAAGGAAGCUCUUCUGUCUGAGGUCAAAAUCGGAAGUCAGGAAAGUGAAGAAAAAGAUGGUGAACAGGAUGUGCAGGGGGACAGCGAGGCUCAGGAGAAGGAGGAAGAAGAGCAGCCGAAGGAGGAGCAGCAGGAGCAGAGAGAGGAAGAGGAGGAGGAAGAAGCGGACGAGCAGGACGUGAUGAAGGUGCUAGGGAACCUGGUGGUGGCCCUGUUCAUCAAGUACUGGAUCUACGUCUGCGGGGGGAUGUUCUUCUUCGUCAGCUUCGAGGGUAAAAUUGUGAUGUACAAGAUCAUCUACAUGGUGCUCUUCCUCUUCUGUGUGGCCCUGUAUCAGGUGCACUAUGAAUGGUGGAGGCGGAUCCUGAAGUACUUCUGGAUGUCAGUGGUUAUCUACACAAUGCUGGUGCUCAUCUUUAUAUACACAUAUCAGUUUGAAAACUUCCCAGGCUUGUGGCAAAACAUGACUGGACUGAAAAAAGAAAAGCUGGAGGACCUUGGCCUGAAGCAGUUCACGGUGGCCGAGCUGUUCACGCGCAUCUUCAUCCCUACCUCCUUCCUCCUGGUCUGCAUCCUGCACCUGCACUACUUCCACGACCGAUUCUUGGAGCUCACUGACCUGAAGUCCAUCCCCAGCAAGGAGGACAGCGCUGUCUAUAGCCAUGCCAAGGUCAAUGGGCGUGUGUAUCUGAUAAUAAAUAGGCUGGCCCACCCCGAGGGAAGCCUUCCGGACCUCGCCAUGAUGAAGCUGACUGCCAGCCUGGAGGUGGCGGAAGUCAAGCAGCUGGCUGGGCCUGUGGAGGAGACGCCGGGGGGAUGCCCUGCAAAAGCCAAGAAGGGCGAGCCUGGCAGGGACAGCGAGGAUGAGGAUGAGGACGAGGACGAGGAGGACGAAGAGGAGGAGGAGACGUCAGAUCUGAGGAACAAGUGGCACUUGGUGAUCGACCGCCUCACGGUGCUGCUCCUGCGGUUCCUGGAGGGCUUCCACCAGCUGCAGACAUUCUUAUGGUGGAUCCUGGAGCUGCACAUCGUCAAGAUUGUGUCCUCCUACAUCAUCUGGGUGUCUGUGAAGGAGGUGUCUCUGUUCAACUACGUGUUUCUGAUUUCCUGGGCUUUCGCUCUGCCAUACGCCAAGCUCCGCCGUCUGGCCUCCAGCAUCUGCACCGUCUGGACGUGUGUGAUCAUUGUCUGUAAGAUGCUGUACCAGCUGCAGACCAUCAAGCCUGAGAACUUCUCUGUGAACUGUUCAUUGCCAAAUGAAAACCAGACGAACAUCCCCCUGCACCAGCUGAACAAGUCUCUGCUCUACAGUGCACCCAUCGACCCCACAGAAUGGGUGGGCCUCAGGAAGUCAUCUCCUCUGCUUGUCUACCUGAGGAACAACCUGCUGAUGCUGGCCAUUCUGGCCUUUGAGGUCACCAUCUACCGCCAUCAGGAGUACUACCGAGGUCGAAACAACCUCUCAACCCCCGUGUCUAAAACCAUCUUCCACAACAUCACAAGACUCCAGCUGGAUGAUGGACUUGUUAACUGUGCCAAGUAUUUCAUCAAUUACUUCUUCUACAAGUUUGGUCUGGAGGUGAGUUUCCUUGCUGACCUCCAGAGUGCAGACUACCCCUGGAGAUUCAAGGGCGCCAGCUUCAAUGACAACAUCGUCAAGUGGCUGUACUUCCCUGACUUCAUCGUUCGACCCAACCCCGUGUUCCUUGUGUACGAUUUCAUGCUACUCCUGUGUGCCUCGCUGCAACGGCAGAUCUUUGAGGAUGAGAAUAAGGCCGCCGUGCGGAUCGUGGCAGGCGACAACGUGGAGAUCUGCAUGAACCUGGAUGCAGCCUCAUUCAGCCAGCACAACCCCGUGCCCGACUUCAUCCACUGCAGGUCAUACCUGGACAUGUCCAAGGUGGUCAUCUUCAGCUACCUCUUCUGGUUCGUGCUCACCAUCAUCUUCAUCACUGGGACGACCCGUAUCAGCAUCUUUUGCAUGGGCUACCUGGUGGCCUGCUUCUAUUUCCUGCUCUUUGGGGGCGACUUGCUGCUGAAACCCAUCAAGAGCAUCCUGCGCUACUGGGAUUGGCUGAUCGCUUACAACGUCUUCGUGAUCACAAUGAAAAACAUACUGUCUAUAGGAGCGUGUGGCUAUAUUGAAAAAUUGGUUCAAAAUAGUUGCUGGUUGAUCCAGGCAUUCAGCCUGGCCUGUACAGUCAAGGGCUACAAAAUGCCUGAUGAUGACUCCUCAUGUAAACUGCCCAGUGGGGAGGCAGGAAUCAUUUGGGACAGCAUAUGCUUUGCCUUCCUGCUGCUGCAGAGAAGAGUGUUCAUGAGUUACUAUUUCCUGCACGUGGUGGCGGAUAUAAAAGCCUCGCAGAUCCUGGCAUCCAGAGGGGCUGAGCUUUUCCAGGCCACCAUUGUGAAGGCUGUGAAGGCCAGAAUCGAGGAGGAGAAAAAGUCCAUGGACCAGCUGAAGAGGCAGAUGGACCGCAUCAAGGCCAGGCAACAGAAAUACAAAAAGGGUAAGGAGAGGAUGCUGAGCUUGACCCAGGAGUCGGGGGAAGGCCAAGAUCUCCAAAAACUUUCUGAAGAGGAUGACGAGAGAGAAGCAGACAAACAGAAAACCAAGGGCAAAAAAAAGCAGUGGUGGCGGCCUUGGGUUGAUCAUGCUUCCAUGGUCAGGAGUGGAGAUUACUAUUUGUUUGAAACGGAUAGUGAAGAGGAGGAAGAGGAAGAAUUAAAAAAGGAAGAUGAAGAGCCCCCCCGGAGGUCAGCUUUCCAGUUUGUUUAUCAAGCCUGGAUUACUGACCCUAAAACAGCACUCCGACAGAGGCGCAAAGAGAAAAAAAGAUCUGCAAGAGAAGAACAGAAAAGAAGAAGAAAAGAAUCUGGGGAGGGUCCUGUGGAGUGGGAAGACCGGGAGGAUGAGCCAGUCAAAAAGAAGUCUGAUGGACCAGACAACAUCAUCAAAAGGAUCUUUAAUAUUUUGAAGUUCACCUGGGUCCUGUUUCUGGCAACCGUGGACAGUUUCACAACGUGGCUCAACUCCAUCUCCAGGGAGCACAUCGACAUCUCCACCGUCCUGAGGAUCGAGCGCUGCAUGCUCACCAGAGAGAUCAAGAAGGGCAACGUCCCGACCCGGGAGAGCAUCCACAUGUACUACCAGAACCACAUCAUGAACCUGUCCAGGGAGUCAGGACUGGACACCAUCGACGACCAUGCUGGCCCUGCUGCAGGCGCACAGACGGCCCACAGGAUGGACAGCUUGGAUUCCCACGACAGCAUCUCCAGCGAGCCCACGCAGUGCACGAUGCUGUACUCGCGCCAGGGGACCACGGAGACCAUCGAGGAAGUGGAGGCUGAGCAGGACGAGGAGGUGCCCGAGGGGGUCCGGGAGGCCGAGUCCCCACAGGACCCCACAGAGGACGGCGAUGUGGAGGCCCCACCAUCGUACAGCAAGGCUGUCAGCUUUGAGCGCCUGUCCUUCGACUCCCGGGACGACUCGGCCGGCCAGACCCACAUGGAGGUCAGCCCAGAUGACAGCCGCUCAGACCGGCUGGAGGCCAGCAUCCUGCCACCCCUGACCCACGAGCUGACACAUUCUGGCAGGAUGUUCCAUGACGACGAGCUGGAGGAGUCGGAGAAGUUCUAUGUGGGGCAGCCACGCUUCCUGCUGCUCUUCUACGCGCUGUACAACACGCUGGUGGCCCGCUCUGAGAUGGUGUGCUACUUUGUCAUCAUCCUCAACCACAUGGUCUCCGCCUCCAUGAUCACCCUCGUGCUGCCUAUCCUCAUCUUCCUCUGGGCCAUGCUGUCUGUCCCCCGGCCCAGCAGGCGCUUCUGGAUGAUGGCCAUUGUCUACACGGAGGUGGCCAUUGUGGUCAAGUACUUCUUCCAGUUUGGGUUCUUCCCCUGGAAUAAGAAUGUGGAACUGAACAAGGACAAGCCUUACCACCCGCCCAACAUCAUUGGGGUGGAGAAGAAGGACGCCUACGUGCUCUACGACCUCAUCCAGCUGCUGGCACUCUUCUUCCACCGCUCCAUCCUAAAGUGUCAUGGCCUCUGGGACGAAGACGACAUCGUGGACAGCGGCUCGGACAAAGUGGACUCGGAUGAUGAGCUGUCCCUCGGCCACGGCAGGAGGGCCUCCUCCGACUCGCUCAAGUCCAUCAACCUGGCUGCGUCUGUGGAGUCGGUGCAUGUGACCUUUCCCGAGCAGCCGGCUGCCGUCCGGAGGAAGCGCUCCAACAGCGGCUCCCAGACGUCACAGGGAUCCAGCUUUUCCUCGAAUAGGUCCAAGAGAGGCAGCACAAGCACCCGGAACAGCAGCCAGAAAGGAAGCAGCGUCGUGAGCAUCAAGCAGAAGAGCAGACGAGAACUUUACAUGGAGAAGCUGCAAGAACACUUGAUCAAAGCAAAAGCCUUUACCAUAAAGAAGACCCUGCAGCUCUACGUGCCCAUCAGGCAGUUCUUCUAUGACCUCAUCCACCCCGACUACAGCGCUGUCACCGACGUGUAUGUGCUUAUGUUCCUGGCGGACACCGUGGACUUCGUCAUCAUUGUCUUCGGCUUCUGGGCCUUCGGGAAACACUCGGCCGCGGCCGACAUCACGUCCUCACUGUCCGAGGACCAGGUGCCGGGGCCCUUCCUGGUGAUGGUGCUCAUUCAGUUCGGGACCAUGGUAGUGGAUAGGGCACUCUACCUCAGGAAGACCGUCCUGGGAAAGGUCAUCUUCCAGGUCAUCCUGGUGUUUGGGAUUCACUUCUGGAUGUUCUUCAUCCUGCCUGGCGUGACCGAGAGGAAGUUCAGCCAGAACCUGGUCGCGCAGCUGUGGUAUUUCGUCAAAUGCGUGUACUUUGGGCUGUCUGCCUACCAGAUCCGCUGCGGCUACCCUACUCGGGUCCUCGGCAACUUCCUCACCAAGAGUUACAACUACGUCAACCUCUUCCUGUUCCAGGGGUUCCGCCUUGUCCCUUUCCUGACGGAGCUGAGGGCUGUGAUGGACUGGGUGUGGACAGACACGACCCUGAGCCUGUCCAGCUGGAUCUGUGUGGAGGACAUCUAUGCUCACAUCUUCAUCCUCAAGUGCUGGCGGGAGUCGGAAAAAAGGUACCCGCAGCCCCGGGGGCAGAAGAAGAAGAAGGUGGUCAAGUACGGGAUGGGGGGCAUGAUCAUCGUGCUGCUCAUCUGCAUCGUCUGGUUCCCGCUGCUCUUCAUGUCUCUGGUCAAAUCUGUCGCCGGGGUCAUCAACCAGCCCCUGGACGUCUCAGUCACAAUUACCCUGGGCGGGUACCAGCCUAUUUUCACAAUGAGUGCCCAGCAAAGCCAGCUGAAAGUUAUGGACCAGCCAAUGUUUAGUAAAUUCAUUAAAACUUUUUCUAAGGACACUGGUGCUAUGCAAUUUCUGGAAAAUUAUGAAAAAGAAGACAUAACAGUUGCAGAACUGGAAGGAAACUCAAAUUCUUUAUGGACCAUCAGCCCUCCCAGUAAGCAGAAAAUGAUACACGAACUCAAGGACCCCAAUAGUAGCUUCUCUGUUGUUUUUUCAUGGAGUAUUCAGAGAAACAUGAGUCUGGGUGCAAAAGCAGAAAUAGCAACAGAUAAGCUUUCUUUCCCUCUUAAAAACACGACACGAGAGAAUAUUGCUAAAAUGAUAGCCGGCGGUGACACAGAAAGUUCCAGGACGCCUGUGACCAUAGAAAGGAUUUACCCAUACUACGUGAAAGCACCCAGUGACUCUAACUCCAAACCCAUAAAGCAGCUCUUAUCUGAAAAUAAUUUCAUGAACAUCACCAUCAUUUUGUCCAGAGACAAUGCGACUAACUCGAACAGUGAGUGGUGGGUUCUCAACCUGACUGGGAACAGAAUCUACAACCAGGAAGCGCAGGCCCUGGAGCUGGUGGUCUUCAACGACAAGGUCAGCCCCCCCAGCCUGGGGUUCCUGGCCGGCUACGGUAUCAUGGGCCUCUAUGCUUCUGUGGUGCUGGUGAUCGGGAAGUUUGUCCGGGAAUUCUUCAGCGGGAUUUCUCACUCCAUCAUGUUUGAAGAACUUCCCAACGUGGAUCGGAUUCUGAAGUUGUGCACAGACAUUUUUUUAGUCCGGGAGACCGGGGAGCUGGAGCUGGAGGAGGAUCUCUAUGCCAAAUUAAUAUUCCUGUACCGGUCACCAGAAACCAUGAUCAAAUGGACCAGGGAGAAAACAAACUGACACCCUGGCCACAGACCGCGAGCCGAGUUAACGUGGGGAUUUUCCAAAGAAAAGAAGAAAAGCACAAUCUUGUCCUGCGAGCUAAGCAUUUCCAGUUUGGCGGAAACAGUCUCUGUGCUGACGGGAGCAGAAGGGCUGGGCUCCCUUUUGCCCCCAGAGCUACGAGCCAAGGCGCUGUUGAAACAUCCUUUGUGUUAAUUCCGUUCCUCUGAAGUCGGGGCUGCUCGCCCGUGGCCGUCCACGGUGCCUCGCGUCCUGAUUGACUGUGUGGAGGAGUUGUUGACAGGUCUGGUCCUCAGAGACACAGAACAGCAAGGAGGAGGAAGAAGAGACCUUCUCCUGGGUGGACAGUGCCCUCCUGGAGAUACCCGGUCAUCGCAAUGCCAUGCCUGGCGCUCGGCUGCCAAGGGGAUGCUGCUGUGGGGAGGGGCCAGGGGACUGCACCCCAAAUAUGCAGCAGAGUGGGGGCUGAAACCCCUACAUACGCUUCUAGGGGGAAAGAGGGAGGGGCCGGUGACCCAUGGUGACGCCAGUGGAAGGAUAAGCCUCAUUCUAAGCAAAAAGAUAACCUUAGUGACACUUACUGCCUUACCUUAACUGACGAGUAAUACGAAAUCUUUCCAUUCAACACCAGUGACUUCUCAGGAAAAAAAAAAAAAGCAGCAAAACAAAGACAUGGACGCAGCGUUGCCGAGGCCCAGCUGGUGGCUCUGCUGGUUCCAGAGAGUUCCUGCUCCCUGUGAAACCCCGAUCCGGGAGACAGACAGAGAUGCCACCCGGUGGAGGUGGGGUCCUUGGACGCUGUAACUUUUGCUGACUGAGGUCUGAGCUCCCCUCUGCCCCCCCAACCCCCACGCUUCCUCCCGUUUCCAUGACUCACAGCAGUGGUUUUUCCAGUAUGUGACGUUUUUUUCCCUGUUUUUCAGGUCUCUCAACGAGUUUACAUAUUCCAAUUCAUAUUUUUACAUCUGAGACGGGUUUUUUUAAGUUCAUAAUUAUGAAAGAAAUAUGUAUAUUGAGCUUGGGGAAAUAAACAAACGGCCUUUUCUUAAAUUAUUAUUAUGGGUCAUACAACGUCUUCAUGAAAUAACAAUGUAGCAUGAAAAAUUGAUGAUUGACAUGUAGUUUUCAUUCCAUAUUAAAGGACAGUUUCUGAGAAGAAUCAUUGAGUGGACUAGAAUAUGUCCCAAAUAAUUGACCCUCUGUAGUUUGGGUUCGGGACUGACUGAGAAUAAAGCACAUCCUGCAAAGUCACUUUAAGAAUACUCUUCCUUCUGCCUUGUUGCAUGAAAUAGGAGAAGCAACUCUUCUGUACUGUGUGCCCAGAGCUAAGAACCCACUUCUGGUGGGUUGGUUGUAUUGUCAGUUUUCUCAUGUGUGUGCUCAAGGGGAUUAAUAAAAGCAGAAAUGACUGGUAAAAAAUAACCUUCCCAGGAGGAAACCAUUACAGUGAAUACAGAGCUUUUAAAACAUAUCAAAGUUCAAACAAUGCCCAGUGUCUUCUGGAAAAUCAGUGCAGAUCUGCACCUCAGCUGUGAAUGCCUGGAGCCUCCCGGCCCACUUAGGGUAAAUGCUUGUCGUCAUAGCAAUAAAUUCCAAGCACUCAGGGACCUCCUCA